CAGCUGUUUUUUCCCGCGUUUUUCAUUCGCCAAUUGCAAUUGGCAAAAGUGCAGCGGUAGCGGAAACCCGCAAAAUGAGACGCAUCCCGGUCACUUAAAAGUCCCAUUCCGUUACGCGAAAACCACUGAAAAAAACAGUCAAAAGUCCCAAAAACUAACCAGUCAGUAGUGCUUUUGUAGGGACUCUCACUAGGCUUCGCCAUGUUUGUCCAGGAUCUGCGCAACGAUUUCUACCGCCAACUGGUGGGCAAGCGCAUUCUGAUCGUAGUCAACUAUGACAUCGAUGCCAUCUGCGCAAGUCGCAUCCUGCAGGCUUUGUUUAAAUACGACCACAUGCUUUACACAGUGGUGCCCAUUAUGGGUGUGACUGGUCUAAAAAGAGCCUAUGGAGAGCACCAGGGCGAUGUAAAGUACGUGGUGCUGGUAAACUGCGGCGGCUGUGUGGAUAUUGUGGAACUGUUGCAGCCUGCAGAGGAUGUUACCUUUUUCAUCUGCGAUUCGCAUCGACCUUUGGAUGUCUGUAAUAUCUACAGUGAUCGUCAAGUGUGCAUUCUGGGGGAUGCCUCCUUGGAGGAGAAUAUACCAGCCUUCGAGACUAUCUUUUAUGAUUCCGAAGAAGUUGAAGACGAAGAGGACGACGAAUCUUCCGACCAAGAAAACCAGAAUAACGACAGUGGCGCCGGAGAAUCAGAUGCGGAGGAUCAGCCUCCACAGAACCGCAAGCUUAGCCGCUUGGAACGGCAUGAGCAGCGCAUCUUGAAGCAGCGAGCUCGCCGACAAUGGGAAUCAGAACGCGACAGGAUCAUGUUCGAAUACACCCAGUUUAGCUACUAUGGCAGGUCCGCUGCUUUACUGGUUUUCGAGUUGGCCUGGAAGCUCUCUAAGGACAAUAUGGACCUUCUCUGGUGGGCCAUUGUGGGUAUCACCGAACAGCUUUUGCUGGGUAAAAUUGAAAGUGGAGCGUACACUUUGGAACUGGAACAGAUCCAGUCGCAUGUGUCGCGGCUUACGAACAAAACAAAUGACCAGAAUACAAUGAGUGCUUCCAAGAUAUGCUUUGAGAAUGAUUUGCAUCUGGUUUUGUACCGCCACUGGCCCGUUACGGAGUCGAUGAGGUACUCUCGCUACGCCUCAUGCCAAUUGAAAUUGUGGACACUUCGCGGUGAGAAGAGAUUACACGAACUUUUACUUGAGAUGGGAUUACCCCUAGUCCACGCCCGCCAGACGUACGGAGCUAUGGAUUUGGUGCUUCGCAAGGAGUUCUACUCGAUGGUUGAGCGACUAGCGGAGAAGUACGACAUACCAGACAUUGUCUAUGGAACUUUUACCCUGAGCUAUGGUUACCGCAGCAGAUAUGCGGCUGCCGACUACGUAUAUGCACUGCUCGCCAUAAUGGAGUCCGUGAAGAAGCACAAGACGCCGGAGGACUGCUUUCUGGAGGCCUCCGAUGCUUUGAGUCGCCAGCACAAACAGCUUUUAUCUGCGGGAAUUGACCAGGCGAAGCUUCAGCAUGCCGCUAUUUUUAGGCAGGUGCAAAGCAGUCUAGAGGCACGCCAAGUGCUCUCCGCUGGAUCGUUUUUCUACUACGUCCUGCAAGAGGAGCAUGCCUUCUUCUCGUGUCCAUAUGCCCUAGGACUCCUCGCACGCUUCCUUUUGCGCGGACACGUAGCAACGAGUAGAGCCAGACAGGCGCCGGACUUGCCGUUGAUCGCAAGUUGUCCCUUGGACGCAGCGCAGGGCAUGUGUCUGCUGGUCGGGAUCGCCCCUGUUAGGGAAGACUCACCGCGAAAUUUCUUUGGCAAGGCCUUUGAGCAGGCGGCGCAAAAGAGUGGGGUUGCUCUACUGCAGGAUUUUUUUGAGCCUGCGGUGGUUCAGCUACGGCAGAGCGACCUUACCCGCUUCCUGGAUGCCCUCACCGUACUUCUCACUUGAUUCACUCAACCUUCAAACUACUACCUACAUCCCCGCUCAACCAUAUUUAUGUACUAAGUUGGAUAUUAAGAUGAGACAUAAUUUGUAAUUCUAAGCUACAAUUGUAAACAAACCCUAUUUAUGUGCGACUAAAAUGUGUUAAUGAUUUAGAAAUUGCGCCCAGGACUACGCUAACUUAAGGACAGCUUUUUUUUUUUAGAAAAUUAUUUGUAAAUCUGACCUAGAAUAAACUGCGUAUAUGUUUAAA